AUGUCCAAGAUUGGCUCUCCCAAGGCCCGGCCCCUCCCGGCCGGCGUCUACACUCCCGUCAUCACCCUCUACAACACCACGCCCAGCCAAACCGUUGACCUGCCUGCCAUGUACCGCCACUGCCAGCACCUCGCCAGCAGUGGCAUGCACGGCCUCGUCUAUCUCGGCACCAACGGCGAGCUGGCCCUUCUGACGCGCGAUGAGCGCAGGCAGAUAAUCGCCAAUGCCAAGCGAGCCCUCGUCGACAUGGGCCUCUCAGAGUACCCCCUCGUCGCAGGGAUCUCAGCCCAAAGUACAGCCGAGACUGCCCUGUGCGCCCAGGAGGCUGCCGAGGCUGGCGCCCUCUGGGGCCUGCUCCUACCCCCCAGUUACUGGGCCAAGGCGCUGUCGUCGGACGCUCUGGUGGGAUACUACCGUGACGUCGCUGAUACAAGUCCAAUCCCUAUCAUCAUAUACAAUUUUCCCGGGGUCACGGCCGGCGUCGAUCUCGACUCGGACCAGAUUGCAACUCUGGCUGCCCAUCCUAACAUCGUGGCGACAAAGCUUACAUGCGGCAACUUAGGAAAGCUUACACGGCUGACAUCGCGGUUUCUGCCGUCGCACUUUGGCGUCUACGGUGGCAGCAGCGACUACCUGCUCCCGACACUUCAUGCGGGCGGCAACGGGUGCGUUACGGGAAUGGGCAAUGUGUUUCCCCGAUCGACUGCGCGCGUCUUCGACCUGUGGAAGGAAGGCCGGCUCGAGGAGGCUGCUGCUCUGCAGGAUCUCGUGGCCAAUGCGGAGUGGGCCUGCAAGAAGGGCCUCGGGUGCACAAAAUACGGUGCCUGGUGGUACCUUGGUAAGGACAUCGGGAUUGUGGACGAGGCUGCUUUCCAUAUGCGCAAGCCGUAUCAGGAUAUUCCGGAGGCAAUGAAGAAGUGGUCCGUUGACACGCUUGGCGUACUGGCCGACACGGAGAAGAAGCUGGCAGCUGAAGGGAGAUAG